UAAGUAAGACACUGUCUCCACGUUAUUGGGUUUAAUUAUUUUUUUUAAUUAGGGUUCUAAAUCGACAAUCUUCCCUCUCUCUUUCCCCAUCGAAUCAUCCCAAAGAUCUGAUCUUUCUCCAGAUCCGUAACUACAAAGAGAGACAACUAUAUUUUCAGACAAAACCCAUGUUAAAGAUCUGAUCUUUCCUCAGUUUUUGAUUGUCUCUAGACUGUAAGUGAAAGCUAGAGAGAAAAUAAAAAUGGGUCAAGGCGGGUCACCGGCGCAUAAAAGACCCUCCGGAAGCGGCGGCGGAGGACUUCCGACGUCAACGGCCACAAACGGCGGAGGAAGAGGCGGUCGCGGUCUGAUUCCACGUGGCAGACAGAUGCAGAAGACGUUCAACAACAUCAAGAUCACGAUCCUCUGCGGAUUCGUCACCAUCCUCGUCCUACGUGGCACUAUCGGCGUCGGAAACCUCGGGAGCUCGAGCGCCGACGCGGUUAACCAGAACAUCAUCGAGGAGACUAACCGGAUUCUAGCCGAGAUCCGGUCGGAUUCGGAUCCGACCGACUUGGAUGGGCCUCAGGAGACGGAGAUGAGUACUAACGAGACGUAUGCCUUGGGGCCUAAGAUAACGGAUUGGGAUAGUCAACGUAAGGUGUGGUUGGAACAGAACCCUGAGUUUCCUAGUACUGUUAACGGCAAAGCUCGGAUCUUGCUGUUGACUGGGUCUCCUCCUAAGCCCUGUGAUAACCCUAUUGGUGAUCAUUAUCUGUUGAAGUCUGUGAAGAACAAGAUUGAUUACUGUAGGCUCCAUGGGAUUGAGAUUGUUUAUAACAUGGCUCAUUUGGAUAAGGAGUUAGCUGGGUACUGGGCUAAGUUGCCUAUGAUUAGGAGGUUGAUGUUGUCUCAUCCUGAAGUUGAGUGGAUCUGGUGGAUGGAUAGUGAUGCUUUGUUCACUGACAUACUGUUUCAGAUUCCUUUGGUUAGGUAUGAGAAGCAUAACUUGGUGAUUCAUGGUUAUCCGGAUUUGUUGUUUGAUCAGAAGUCUUGGAUUGCGUUGAACACUGGGAGUUUUCUGUUGAGGAAUUGUCAGUGGUCUUUGGAUUUGCUAGAUGCUUGGGCUCCUAUGGGACCUAAAGGGCCUAUACGUGAUGAGGCGGGGAAGGUUUUGACGGCCUAUCUUAAAGGUAGGCCGGCUUUCGAGGCGGAUGAUCAGUCGGCGUUGAUCUAUCUCCUGCUUUCUCAGAAGGAUACAUGGAUGGAGAAAGUGUUUGUGGAGAAUCAGUACUAUCUCCAUGGGUUUUGGGAAGGUUUGGUUGAUAAGUAUGAGGAGAUGAUGGAGAAGUAUCACCCGGGGUUAGGUGAUGAGAGAUGGCCUUUUGUGACGCAUUUCGUGGGGUGUAAACCGUGUGGUAGCUACGCUGAUUAUGCGGUUGAGAGGUGCUUGAAGAGUAUGGAGAGGGCUUUUAAUUUUGCAGAUAAUCAAGUGCUGAAGCUGUAUGGUUUUGGACAUAGGGGGUUGUUGAGCCCCAAGAUUAAGAGGAUCAGGAAUGAGACGGUUACUCCUUUGGAGUUUGUAGACAAGUUUGAUAUUCGCAGAACGCAAGUGGAAUUCAAACCACGUAACUAGAGGGAAAAACAAGGAGAGGAAAGUCAUAGCUCGGAUGAGAAUCAUGGAUACGUAUAGGUAAAAAGUAAAUGACACUCACAAAUGCAAAGCAAAUUUGUUUGCCUGUACUUUUGCUACUUCACUGUUUCUUCUGCUUUUUGUUUUGUUGUUGUUUGCAAGGAUACUUUUAGCUUCAACAUUCUUUUUCCAUAGAUGUUUUGUGCCUUCUUCAGUCAAAUAUAUGGAGAAAUUUUUCAUACUUGGUAAUUGUUAGUAACUAUUAACUGUUCGAGUCUUCAAGUCUGAUACUUGAACACUUGAACUUGUUGGCAACUAUUAACUUUGGAAAAAAAGGUUAAGGAAUCCAUGAUUUGAGUGUAUAAUCAGAAUGAAUGUUACACUACUAGUUCGUU